CGACAGAGAAAAUUCAACUGUACUUCGCGAAAGCAUUAUCAGUUGCUAUUUUUCUGCUAUUCUUUAGACGCAUACAGCUAAGAGCCAAGAAUCGCUUGUGCGCUUGUGUGCGUGGUUGGAAAGAGUCGAUAAACUGAAGUGAAAUUGUGUGGAAAGUUAAUUCGGUUCACUUCGGCAGGAAUUUAGGAUGAGUGCGACAGAAGCGUUAGUUCCUGCAGUAAUCACUGCGCACACCGAUGGGAGUGCUGAAGAAUCAAAUGAGCUAUGGUUUCGUGAAGAAGAAAGGUGGGAGCUCACUUGGCCAAUUUGGCAUAUGCUUCCAAGGCAUGAACGGAAGGCGCUUGCUCAGCAACAUGGUUACAGUACGAUCGGUGAAUUCGAAGAAUUCAUGACGCUUCAGCGAGCCGUCGGAGACUCGAAUGAUACUCCAAGGUCGCGACCUGAUGAGAACAAUUUGAUACCUUCGUCGGAAAGGUCUAGCCAAGGCAAGAAAAAAAUCAGGGGUCGGACUGAAGACAAGGACGCCGAUGGCAACUCAUCAAGCGACGAAAAGCUUGAAAAGAAGAUUGAAUGUGAGCUAGCGUCGGCUGCUGGACAUCUUUCAAUUGAGGAGCUGUUGGACGUCGGCGGUCAGAUUUUGAUGAUUCCAGAUGACAUACUGCACAAAGUCUUCGAGUGGUUGCCCGUUGACGCUUAUGGGACACUGUCAUUAGUUAGCCCCCACUGGAAAGCGUUUACAAGAACGGAGGCAGUGUACAAACGUCUAUGUGAGCGUCUUUAUUUGAAUCAAAGCAAAAGAAGAGCUUUACAUGUCAGCCGGUUUGGUAAUUCAUACCGAGCAAUGUUAGAAUUGAGACCCCGGGUGAGGGCUGGCGGGGGCAUCUACGUUUUGAAAUUUGCUCGUGUAAAAAAGAUUCAACGUGACAUGUGGACGGAGAUUCCUGUCGGAGCUGUUCUAGAAACUGUGUAUUACCGUUAUCUGUAUUUUCAGGAAGACGGACGGGUUCUAUAUGCGUUGACGGCGGCUUCGCCACACGAAAUGUUCCGAAGAUUCUUAAAAGUUUGUCUAACACGUCAACCAGAUAAAGCCGCUGUCUGGGGGACCUACGAAGUCUCCAAAUCAACGGUUACAAUCAAUGCUCGACAGGCGUGGCAAUACGUUAGACUGGAAGUUAGUAUCCAGCCCGAAAGCGUUCACGGCCGAAAUGGUCUCUUGCGAUUCGAUCGGCAUAUGGCGAGCUCGAUCGGCGAUUUCGACGACUGGUCUCGCGAUCGCACGGUCUUUGAAGUGCCUAGCGAACCCUUCCGUUUUGUAAAAGAUCGUCGUCUAUAG